AUGACAGACCACGCGGGCCGAUAUGUGUUUGUCAGGGGUCGAAUCCUGGAUGAAACCUAUACUUUUGCCAACAUUUAUGCUCCAAACACGCGACUGGACAAAUUCCUGUGGGACGCACUCCGCGCCCUACACGACUUCACGGCGGGCUGUCUGGUUCUAGGUGGGGACCUCAAUAUUGCCCUGCACCCGACAGUGGACGCAUCCAGAGGCCACUCAUCGACACCUCUUCCCACGUUGCUCAAAGUACGCAAACUCCUCCACCAGUACAGACUUAUGGACUGCUGGAGGGCGACACAUCCGACAGACAGGGACUACACUUUCUAUUCGCCCCAAACGACUGUUACAAACGCAUAGACUAUUUUUUCCUUCCAUGCUAUUACCUACCCAGACUACGGGACUCCAUCAUAGGGGGGACGAUGUGGUCAGACCACGCACCACACACGAUACAACUAACAUCACCACUAUACAAGCGUAAAAUUACUACAUGGCGGCUCCACGAAAAACUCCUAUCUAACCCGCAGGUGGCCCAAGACGUCCAACAAACCUUGACAAACUACUUUGCCGAGAACCCACCACAAGACACAUCCCCCCUCCUGACAUGGGAGGCUCACAAAUGUGUGAUCCGAGGGAUCCUUAUCUCACGCUAG